AUGAAAUAUUUAGAAGAUAUUAAAAACCAUUUACAACAAGAAAUAACUGAACAAUAUAGUAAUGAAAUUUUCAAACAAUAUGCAUUUUCAUUUGAUAUUUAUUCGAAAAAAGUUGAUGAAUAUGCUUUACAACACGAAAGUUCAUUAGAACCAGCUUCAUGUUUAGCAAUUUUGGGGCAAGAAGAUACAAAACUGAUUCCUGAUUUAGAUAAAUAUUUAACUAAAGCUAAUGAUAAAUAUUUCAAUCGUCAAAAAUAUUUCCAAUAUUUAUUGAAGGAUAUUUUAUUAAAUAAUAAACCUAAAUGUCAACCAUUAACUAAAGAAGAAAAAGGUGAAAAAUUAAAUCCAACUUAUCAAUGGGAUGCCAGAAUUAUAUCAGAAAAAUAUUUAUUAGGAAGUAAAUUAACUAUACCUGGUGAUAAAUUUAGAGCUCUUCGUGAUGCUCAUGAUCAAGUUGUUAAACAAUUGAAAUCAUUACCUGACCCUCCAUCACAAUUCAUUUCUGGUCAUGGGAUUGUUGUUAAUGGUGGUGGUAAUAUGAUAGGAUCAGCUUUGACUGCCAUUGCCAAUAUGAGAGAACGAGGAUCUCAAUUACCAGUUGAAUUAAUCCUUGAUACUAAACAAGAAUAUGAUAAACAAAUUUGUGAAGAAUUAUUACCACAAAAAUUAAAUGGGAAAUGUAUUAUUGUUGAAGAACAAGUUGGAAAAGAAGUAUUUGAUAUUAUUAAUGAAAAAUUCUCGAGGAAAAUCAUGGGAUUAUUAGUUAGUAGUUUUGAUCAUAUUAUUGCUAUGGAUGCUGAUAAUCUUGCUAUUAAAAAUGUUGAUAAUUUAUUAUUUACUGAACCUUAUCUUUCGACGAAAAUGAUUUUAUGGCCGGAUUUAUGGGUUAAAUUAACUAGUCCAUUAUAUUAUAGAAUUGCAAGAAUUGAACCCGGAGAAAUUAUUGAUCGAUUUGGUAUCCCUAAUGAUGGAUCAUUUGCUGAAUAUAUCACUAAAGAUAAACAACUGGAAGUUCAUUAUCAUGAUCUUGAUAAUUUACCUAGUACAAUUUCAGUGGAAACUGGACAAAUGGUUUUCUCUAAACGGGAACAUUUGAAAAGUUUAUUAUUAGCAUUAUAUUAUAAUAUCAAUGGUAAAGAUUUUUAUAUUGAUUUACUUUAUCAAGGGGCUUAUGGUGAAGGUGAUAGAGAAACUAUUGUUCCAGCAUUACAUGUAAUGAAUGAACGAUACACUUUAACUAAUCAAAAAGUUCAUAUUUUAGGAUAUGAAGCUCUUAAUGGGAAAUCAUCUGAAACUACAUUAGGACAAACUGAUCCAAGAGAUAAUUAUCAAUUUUAUCAAGAUUGGAAAAAAUUUUUAAUCAGUAGGAAAUUAGAUACAAGAUUAAAUCCAUUUCAAUCAGGAGGUUAUACAUCAGAUUUAAUGAAACAAUUUCAUGAUUAUAAACGACAAAUUUAUCAAGAUAAACAAUAUGAAGAUGAAGCAACAGUUCAUCGAAUGAUUAAUUAUAAAUUACCAGAAAUAUUAUUUUUACAUUGUAAUCAUCCCAAAAUUGACCCUCUUAAGAAUUCCAAAGAAGCUAAUGAUGAAUUUGGAACAUAUUCAAGAAGAAAUAUGGGUUUACCUGAUAAAGUGGAAAAAUUAUUUGAAGGUAAAGAUUGGGAAUUAAGAUUUCAUACAAUAUCUCAAUGGGUAGCUUGUAAAGCUAUUAGUAAAUCUUCAAUAUAUUGGGAUAAAAUUGCUGGGAAAUCUCAACAACAAGUUUGUGCAUCAGUUGGUAAAUAUAUUGAAUUUUUGAAAAAAGAUACUUUUGAUAAUGAAGCAACAAAGUUAACAAUUUUAAAUCAACAACAGAAGCCACAACAACAAGAAAGUGGUAAUGAUAAUAAGAAAGAAGGUGCUGCAUCAUAA